AUGUCUUUUAGUUCUGCAAUCAUAGAAGAGGAAGAAAUACCUCAAGAAACAAGUCAAGCAGAAGAGUCGGACUUCAAAAACCACCUGCCCGACAAUUGUGUGGAAUAUCUGCUUUUCUUUUUAGACUCUCAAUUAGACGCCAGAAAACAACUAUCACAGAUCGAGAGUAUCCGAAAGUCGGCCAUAGAAUUAGCCACGACACUUACAAAAGAUUACAUAUGGCAAAAGGACGAGUUCAAUCUGACGCUUAAGAAUGAGAAGGGCUUGGUGUAUCUUCAUGGCAUAACUGACUACAGUGAUGCUGUCGAGGAUGAAUGGCUCAUUGUAUACAUUCUAAGAGAAUUGUCCAAGUCUCAUCCCAACCUCUGGAUCCGAGUGUUUGACACUGAUGGCGAGUUCCUUCUCGUUGAAGCCGCAAAUGUGCUCCCAAGAUGGUUGAACCCAGAGAUCGACAACAACCGAACCUGGAUCAAUAACGGGAGCCUCUUUCUCAUUCCAGUCAAAGAUGAACCAGGACUCAAGACACGGAAUCUUGAGCUGCCUGAAGCGGUUGAGAUCCUCAAAACGAAGCGCGAUGCUCUUGUCCAUUCAGGAUUUGUUGAAGCCGAAGCUUUCUAUCGACUAGAAAAAUACCCAGCACAGAUCGCUGAAUCAAUCCACCACUCGCUUAUCACUAUACCAAGAAAACUGGCAUACGUCCUUCAUUCACUCCCCAAAUCAGUUGCGCCGGCAGUCGAGACCUUCUACCUUAGGGAUCCCAUUGCUCUGAAACGUGUCAUCUCACCAUCAGGACCACCGACAUUCCCACCCCAGGACCUCAUCACGACAUCCGUCCGAUUCAGCAGAGUACUUUUCGCCCAACUACGGUCCCAGAGGUUUGAUACCCCACCCAGUUGGAGUGUUGUGCUCAAGAAAGCGCAAAAAGAGGCGCCAUCAGGUGAGGCGGACAAGGUCAUGGCGAGGUUGGAUAUUGGUAUGAAGCUCACAUGUGGAUUCGAAAUGCUGGCUGCAAAGGCAGAUAAGAGCAAGAACAGAGUUGUUCGUGAGCUUGCUAUCGAACUUGAGGAUUUGGAAGAAGACGGCAACGACGCUCUCCCUUCAAAUGAGGAGAUCAAGACAUGGAAGGAUUCCGACCGAGACGACAGCGAAGCUUGGAUGGACAUCGACUACCAGGAAUUUGAGAAGGAAUUGGAUGGAAAGAGAGGAAACAACGCUUCCAGCGCAAAGUCAGGAUUUGGCGAUGCAAACACACAAUCUGACCUCCGGAAAAUCGUAUCACGUUUCGAGGCAUUCCUUAAUGAUGAUAGCGCUGGUAUGGAUGGCGCAGAACUUGACGACAUGGACUAUGACGACGAUGAUGAAGAUGAUGACUUUGACGACGAUAGCGAGUCUGAGGAUAAGGAAGUGAGCUUCGACGAGGCGGAGUUUGCGAGAAUGAUGAGAGAGAUGAUGGGUCUACCGUCUACAGACUCCAACGCUGACACGUCCAAGAAAACCACUGUCAAGCCUGAGCCACCAGUAUUGGAUGAAGAGGACGAAGAAAUCCAGAAGCUCACCACAGAGUUUGAGGCUGAGCUCAACGAACACGGUGCCCUCAAACUUGACCCUGCCGAGAAGCAACCACGUCUGAAGGGUACAGACCAAAAAGAAGGAGAGAGCAGUCUGGAAGAUGUCAAAGAAGAAGGGGAUGAGGAUAGUGAGGAGGAAGUAGAUGUUGACUACAAUUUGGCGAAGAAUCUGCUGGAGAGCUUCAAGAGCCAGGCUGGUAUGGCCGGGCCGACUGGAAAUUUGUUGGGUAUGAUGGGAUUUCAACUUCCUCGGGAUGAGGACGAUGAAAAUGACGACGACGAGGAGGGCGGCAGCUCAUCCAAAGGAAAGGGAAAAGCGAAAGCUUGA